ACCUCUUCGCAGAAAAGCUACCAGGAGACACGUUUUGCCGUUCUGGUAAUCUGAUUGUAUUUCUUGAGCCGUGUGUAAUACACAUCCCAGCAAACUUCCGUUUUUUUACGACGUGCUCUGUUAAAAAGUCUGCGGACCUCUUUCCCUUCCAAGAUUUUACACGUUUGACACCGCAACCGCAAAUACAACAUUGUUAACGCAUAUCCUGCGCUCUCCGAAUACCGUUAGACUGCAACAUUUGAGAUUAGCUGCAGUCUCAACCCUGAUCGACAGGUCCCACAUGAAAUUGACAAAAAGGACCAGCACCUACCUGAUAUGUACAUUCCAGGACACAAGUCAAAGAGAGUAAAAGAGUAGGAUACAACGAAAAGAGAAAGAAUCAUUGGUUACCCUCUGUUGGCCAACCUAUAGAUCCCUGAGAGAUGGUCCAAGAAGAUGAAAACUAAAAAGCUUAUAGGGAAUGGUUUUUUUGUACAAUCCAAACUAAUCUAUUUUUCUCUUUUCCUAGGUAAUCAUUACUAUUAUUGAAUUGGAAUGGUGAUGAUACAACAACAACAACAACAACAACGCAAGAUCUCAGUCACGGCAAUGCCCAGAACCAGACGCACAAAGAGAAUACAGCACCCAAUCAAGUUCAAAAGGUCCAUAGACGCAAAUCACGCCUUAGCAAUGCAGGAAGCAUGGUAAAACACUCGAGUGGCCGAAAUUCUGCCGAUAUUACCCAGUCCACACUAGCAGCCGCCAUAAACGGUGCCGCUGGUGGUGGUAGCGCCGGUCUGAAUGAAGUAAAUCGCAAACGAAUGUCCAUGUCCGAUGUCUCGGACAUGUUGUAUGAAUUCUAUCGUGCCAAUGCUGCCGCCAAGGUUCCCAAACAACAGCCUCAAGGUUCUGUUUUGGGUGCCGUGGUCUCCAAAUAUUGUGGUCAAACCUCACCCACCUCGGCGGAAACACUUGAACCCUCUAGUAUAGCGGCCAUAGCCACAAAUGGAGCUGCUUCAGAAACGGCUUCAAAGAAUGGUUACUCUGGCGAGGUGGUCAACGAGAGCUCUGCAACUAGUGAUUCGGUGAGCGCUGCAGGAGCAUCAGCAUUUCAUCCAAAACUCAAAUACACGCUGAAAGCAAAAUUGGAAACGCCCACUGUAACCGCCAUACCCACUUCCGUGCUAACGGCCACCCCCAAUAACAACGAUGAACCGCUGGAUAUUAAACCCAUAAUCAAUCCCACCACUGGUCUGGUAGAGCCUCCACUAAACAGUGAUGGGGAAAGUGUCAUUAAGCCAGUUCCUGUCCUAAAUCCUGCUACGGCCGCUGCAAAUCCCCAAGCGGCUGCCAUUGCGGCUGCCUUGUUUAGAGAUGGUUAUCACAACUUCCAACAGCAUAUAAGGGCCCAAGAGAUUUUGAAAUUUCAGACUGCCAAAUUCAAGCCAGGUAACAAGACAAAUGAAUCCACACCCACAAAAAUCCUUGAGAAUUUCCUAAGACAACAGCGUAAAUCCGAAUGUGAUCAAAGCUCCGAUCAGAAUGAUGGCGAUGAUGAAGAUGAUUCUCGAUUUAAUACCUUCGAUGAUAUCCAUCUGAUGGAGGGUUCAAAAGGCGGCGUCCUACCCCAGCUUUUGCAAAAUGCUUUCGCCAGCAACUCUACCCCUGGUACGCCUGGCUCAGCUGACUAUCUUUCGGAUGAAUCUCAAAAAUACAUGAACUUGGCCGCUCAAGCUCAAGCCUUUGGCAAUCUCAGCUAUUCUCUGGGUGAUUUUAACAAUACUAGUCCUAAUGAUAAUUCUGGCGCCACGGGAGUGGGUCCGGACGGUGAACCCAUCUACGAGUGUCGUCAUUGUGGCAAAAAAUAUCGUUGGAAAUCAACUUUGAGACGCCAUGAAAAUGUUGAAUGCGGUGGCAAGGAGCCCUCCCACCAGUGUCCCUAUUGCCCCUACAAAUCAAAGCAGCGAGGUAACCUGGGGGUGCAUGUCCGUAAACAUCACUCGAAUUUGCCCCAGCUGGCUAGCCGUCGGCGUUCCAAAUAUUCCAUGAAAUUGGAAGCAAACAGUGCGAGCAUGGCCAGCGUUUCUGAUGAUUCAAAUUCCAAGUUAGUCAUUGAUUGCUCCAAAUGAUUUUGGUCCUAUCUCAUGGCUCAGUCCAUGGAAAACGACAGAUGACAGUGGGCAAAAGUAUUCGAAAGUGAUGGUGGUGGGUGGUGGGAGAAGUGGAAAAACGAUUUUCACAAAUGGAAUGACAAUGAUGAAACUGAAGAAGAGCAUGAUGAUGAUGAUGUUGACGACGAGGAAAUGAAGGAAAAAGUGGAAGAGAAGAACGGAGAGAAUAAAAAUGAGAAACUACAAAAUCCCCCCGAUUGAUGCGCUUGAAACUCAAGUUGUAUUCAUACAAAAUACAUAACCUGAUUAGUCAGCAUCUUCGCAGCACUAGAACUUAUCAUCAUUGUCAUAUCAUCUUAUGAAUACCACCUCGAAAUUUACUACGAUCCUGUAUAGAAAUAAACCAAAGAGUUUUUACAGCUUCUUAAUAACCAAAAACUCCCAAAAACAAAGGUUUACAAAAUGAAAAACUAUCUCCAAAUGUAUACCUACUAACCCCAAGUGCCAGUAUUUCCUGAUUUCCAGAUAAACAAAAAACAAUUCCUUGCCAUAAAUUCCUAGAAAUGAAAUUUAUCCUAUAAGUUAGUAACCCAAGAUAUACAAACAAUAACAAUGGAAAUAUUUCCCAAAAAAAAAACAAAAUCAAAUGACAAUUAUUGUUUUGUGAAACAAUUAAAAAAAAUCGAAUAUUGCUUCCAAAUCGAAUAAUUUUUUUUUAUUUUACAUUUAAAAUUAUUUUUUGCAAUUGAAAAAAAAAACGUAUAGUGUAGUAGAUUUGUGCGUGUGUGGAAGCGAAAAUGUUUGUCGCAUUGGUCUCUAUUUUUUUGUAAAUGUGAAUUUUGUGUUGUUAGUUUUAUUUCUUCGUUUUAACGUUCUCAACUGCGUGUCAUAAUACUCAAAUUAUAUAAAAAAAAACUAAAAUUAUUUCUUAUAUCAUAAACUGCACAAAGAAAAUCUCAUAGCUUUUAAGAUUGCCAAGAAACAAUUAAAUACUCGCUAUUCCUAUAAAUAUUAAUAUAUUCAAAGAAAAAAAGAAAAACCAAAUCAAAAAGCAAAAUCAAAACUAGCUCCUAAGUUUGAGUCUCCAGCCUAUAGGUUAUGUGAGAUUUUCUUAAUUAUUGUACUUUUUUCAUAAUAUUUUUUGUAUGCCUAAAUAUAUUUAAUUUCUUAUUAUUUUUUUAUAUUUUUAUCGUAUUUAAUUUUAAAAUAAAACUUAACAAUUUAAUGCCGAGCUUUACUAAACUAAAGACGUAAAGUCCUACACUGAACCAAAUCUAGUUAGUAAAGCGCCCACAAAACCAACUUUAAACCAAAAAGUAAUAAAAAAAAGUGUAAUAUCGGAUUUUCUAUUAUUUCUUUAAUGAUUAUACAACAACAAAAGGAGAAACAUCCGCCUUUAAGGAACAAGACAAGGGAAGAAUAUUUUCUCAUCAAUAAA